AUGCGUCUCGCAAUGGUCUUCAUGCUCAGAAUGACGAGCCCCUCCUUUUUGAACCAGCCAUGUAACACAGCUAACACAGUGUUUGCGGAUCUCACACCAGGUCUCGUUCCUCCAAAAACCAAGUUGGGCCAUCAGGGCAAAAGGGGUUCCAUGCCACGUCUUCGAUAUGUACAAGACUCUGGAAUGUGCGAGACUCGGAAAGGGAUGAAAACGUACUCUGGUUACAUACAGAACGACCGAAAUCAGUCCAUGUUCUUUUGGCUCUUUGAGGCCCGUAAUAAACCUGAUACAGCGCCAUUAGUGCUCUGGUUGAGUGGAGGUCCGGGAUCGUCCUCUAUGCUGGGUCUAUUUCAGGAGAACGGCCCUUGUCGAAUCAAGCGAGACUCUAGUGGCCUCGAGGAUAACGUUUACUCCUGGUCAGAAAGUGCCAAUAUGCUUUACCUCGAUCAACCUAUUGGUGUUGGCUUUUCCUAUGGAACUACAGAGGUGACAACUUCGUUGGAGGCGGCGGAGGCAGUAUACAAAGUACUUCAGCUGUUUUACGCGGAUUCCAUUUUCUCAAAAUUUGUAGGGCACGACUUUGGGCUUUGGACUGGUCGCUAUGGCCCGGUCAUGGUGGAAUUCUUUCUUAAGAUGAAUGAAGGCGCUCCACAGACUGGCAAUAUCAUUAUUCCUGUCAAGACAUUGGGAAUUGGUAACGGCUUACAUUCUGCUCUUGUGCAAUAUCCAGAGUACAUGACGUAUGCGAAAAGGAACCCGUAUAGACAACUCAUCCCGGAUAGUGACAUCGAAAACCUCACAAUGUCCUACAAUUCACCUCAAGGAUGUAGAUCACUCAUCUUAGACUGUCAGAACACACACAAGGCAGCCCAAUGUAGCGCUGCUCAUCACAGUUGCAAUAGAGACAUCUUGACCCGCGCGUCUGGAAAAGCGAGCUAUUACGAUGUGCGAAACGAUAGCCCCGAUCCAUAUCCGCCCACGCUUGAGCCACUUCUCACAAAGAAAUCCUUUCAGGAUGCAAUAGGUGCUGAGACAAACUGGACACAAAAUCGCCUCAGCAUCUACGAAGCCUUCACUACAAGCGGUGACUGGAUGUCAGAUUCUUCGCCUCACCUUGAGCGUGUCAUUGAUGCGGGAAUUAGAACUUUCAUUGGGAUAGAAAGGAUGAUGGAUAAUUUGAACACCAAGUUUUCCGCGGAGUACCGCCAGAAAACGUUUAGCCAAUGGGUCGUCGCUGGCGAGGCCGCUGGCCUUUAUAAGAGUGCCGGUAGCUUAUCAUACCUCCGAGUGUUUGGUGCAGGGCACAAAGUGCCAGCGUAUGGACACGGUAAAUUAGCUCGUGGUCAGGCCGCCUCGAUGUUUUUUCACCAAAUCAUAAGUGGUAAACCCAUAUCUGGCUAA